AUGGAUCCAUCCUCUGCGCUCCAGGAGCUUGCUAUUCGGGCGUCCCGAUACAGCAUCAAUCUAAAUGGCGAAAUCAGUCUCAAUCAGGGCAAGAUACCUCUGCGGGGCAGUACUGCCAUUGUUUACAAAGGUACUUUGACUCGGGGCGGUACGGAAGUCGCAGUCAAAACCUUCCAUGGCACACCCCCUGGGGAUCUAGAUCCUCUCAAGCGUAUCCUUCGAGAGGUCCACCUUUGGUCGAAGCUCCGUCAUGAUAAUGUUGUCCACAUGAUUGGGAUUUCUACGGAAUUCGGCUCCACGAUUUCGAUAGUAUCUGAUUGGAUGUCGUCGGGCGAUGCCCAUUCUUAUGUUCAAAAUAAGGAGAAUGAUCCUCGCCCGUUGCUCAUGGAUAUCGCAAGUGGCCUGUAUUACCUCCAUAGUCAUCCUCUGGGGCCGAUAUUCCAUGGAGACCUGAAAGGUCUUAAUGUACUGGUGUCCAGUGAUCGUCGAGCACUACUUAGUGACUUUGGUCUUUCCACCCUCCAAAAAUCUACCUUCAGCAUGACGGUUGUUGCUCCUCGCGGAGGAUCGUACCCUUGGAUGGCUCCGGAGCUCCUGGAUGACUACAAUGCGUCUACAGAAGGGGACGUGUGGGCAUUUGGAAUGACUGUUUUGGAGUUGUUUACUCGACUAAUGCCUUUCCAUGAUUGUCCGCAUUUUGCCAAUGUGAUGCAUAGGUUAGUGAUGGGACGACUGCCGCUUCGUCCCUCUGAGGAAUCCACCCUUUCCCCACGUCCCUCGAUGAAGGACCUGAUGGAGACGGUCAAGGGAGCUACGUACCAAGCUGGUUCCGUUUUGAUGCCUCCGAAAGCCUCUCUCCCCGUAGUGCCGUUCUCAAAAGAUGUCAUGCCACAUCUGUCGCCCCUUCGAGAUAAUCAACCUUGGCGAUCAACUUCAGUUAUGCUUCACGACUUUCUACCAUCGUGUACGGUGCUGAAAGGGCAUACUGACAAGGUUUUGUCAGUUGCCUUCUCACCUGAUAGCAAACGCAUCGUGUCGGGUUCUGCUGACAACACAAUUUGUCUGUGGGAUACGCAAUCUCGCACACGAAUUGGCUCUCCGCUCAAAGGCCAUGCGGGGUGGGCGCGGUCAGUUGCAUUCUCGCCAGACGGGGAAUGGGUUGUGUCGGGUUCUUAUGACAAGACUGUUCGUCUGUGGGGUACGCGCAGGAGCAUGCCAACACGCUCACCUCUCCGAGGGCACUCGUCGAAGGUCUUGUCGGUUGCGUUUUCAUCGGACGGGAGGAUUGUGGUCUCGGGUUCUACUGACAAGACAAUUCGUUUAUGGGAUGUUUACGUUGAAGCCCCAUCGGGCUUGCCAUUUGAAGGACAUACUGGCGCGGUGCAGUCAGUUGCAAUGUCAGGAGAUGGCACCAGGAUCGCGUCUGGUUCUCACGACAAAACCGUUCGUCUGUGGGACACAGAGACCGGAGCACAGCUGGAAGAUGCCCUAGAAGGCCACACUGGCAUGGUUUACACAGUCGCUCUUUCGCCAGAUGGUCACAUGGUUGUGUCGGGUUCCGAGGACAAUACUCUCUGCUUAUGGGACGCACGCGCUGGCAUAGCAGUUGGUCGUCCUCUGAUAGGACACGGUGGGGCAGUGAAUUCAGUUGCAUUCUCGCCGGAUGGAAUGUGGGUGGUAUCAGGCUCUGUAGACACCAAUGUUUUUCUGUGGGAUGUUCGCACAGGUGUUCGGCUGGGCACAGCUCUGAAGGGGAAUGCUGGAUGGGUUCGUUCCGUUGGGUUUUCACCUUGUGCCAGGGAGAUUAUUGCAGGGACUGAGGACGGGAGUAUCUGCCUAUGGAAUGCAAGAGUACACUAG